AUGCCCACCAACCUCGGCGAUCUGCCUCCUGAAAUAAUUCUUCAAAUCGCACAGAACCUAGACAAUCAGUCGUUACUUAGACUUGCCAGAAGUUGCCGGGCGUUGUGUUGGCUGUUAACACCGGAAACUGGGCAAAGAGCCCAUACUGCCGCUUUCGCCCCCUUGGACCUCUAUGAAGAAAACUUCAUUUACGAUUACGGGCAGCGACAUGGGGUGGAUGACCCAGUCUUUAGCUUGCACGCCUCAUACGGUGUUCCCGCGGGCGAGUUCGGUGCCAGCGAUUGGGACGUUCUCGGGAAGGCCGUGGCAGGAGGUGAGCUUGCCAAUGUGCGCGGCCUGCUCAAGCACAACGUGGACCCUAACUCAUACGUCGUUUCUGGGGAGCGGCUGCUCAGUUUAGCCGUACAGUCUCGGAACGUAGACAUGGUCAGACUGCUACUGGAAUUUGGCGCGGACGCGUCCAGACUCGAUCUGAUCACGGAUACGAGUCCCCUUGUACAUGCAGCACGAGGUCAGAAGGAGAAAAUUGUCCGUCUUCUAAUUGAGGCCUCUGCUGAUCUGGACGCGAAUAUGGUCAUGCAGUCGAUUGGAGCCUAUUGUAACCCCGAGACCAUGCAGAUGGCUAUCGCCUAUGGAGGAAACCCGGCGGCUAUCUCAUCGGGUGGAUUGACCCUGCUUCAGAGCAUUGCUUAUCGGAAUGAUGUCCACCUCUUAAAUGUAGUUCAGAGUGAGCUCCAACCUACCAUUAUCAAUGCUCAGAAUGAUGUGGGUCAUACAGCCCUGCAUAUAGCGUUGUCAGAGGAAUACUCACCCCUGGCCAUGCAUCUCGCUUGUCAUGCAGAAAUCGACGUUGACAUCCAAGAUAUAUGGGGCUUAACGGCAUUACACCUUGCUAUCCAAAAUAGACGGUUUGAUGUGGCCCAUGCUCUUAUUCAAAAGGGUGCUAAUCUCAAUCUGUUGUCUCUCAUGGGGAGAAUUGUCUACACCUAG